UAUCCUAUCGACUCCCGGCAGCCGUACGUCUGUGAGUGGUAAAAAAAAAAAAAAAGAUGGGCACCUGCCCUGACAGACAACAUAUUGCUUGUUUUUUAAAUUUAUUUCAAAGUUAGUAGCUAAUAUUGUAACAUAUAGUCUUAUUGUCGUGUGUAUGUCGAAGAACAAUAUUUUUAAAGGCGUGGAAGUACUGAAUUGCUACAGUUGGAUUUGAAAACUAAAGCUUCUGCUAACUACUCCAUGAUGCAACCGGCGGCAGCACCCCAAGGCAACUCCUCGUCCAGCCGGGGGCUCCAGUAGCCCACCCCUAUGCCUGUGAUCCCCAUCCCUCGGCGUGUGCGCAGCUUCCAUGGGCCCCACACCACCUGCAUGCACUCGGCCUGCGGCUCCACGCACAACACCAAGCUGGUGCGCACCAAGUACAACAACUUUGACCUUUACCUGCGCUCGCGCUGCAUUUACAGCUUCCUGCGCUUCCUGCUGUACUUCGGCUGCAGCCUGCUGACCUCCCUCCUGUGGGUGGCGCUCUCGGCGCUCUUCUUCGUGCAGUACGUCAGCGUGCGAGUGCUGUUGCGCGUGCAAUACAAGCUUUCCGUCAUUCUCAUCUUACUGGGACACAGGCGCUUGGACUUUGGGGUGGUGAACGAUCUGAUCAUAUACAGCAUGCAGAUCACCAUGUUCAUGGUGGGUGGGCUCGGAUGGUGCUUCAUGGUGUUUGUGGAUAUGUAGUCUAUAGUGAUGCUCCCUGGACAACAUUAAACCUGUGUAAUGUAGGCACUGCUGUUGCUUUUUUAAUCACUACAAAGUCGGUGGGAUAUCUCAUUCAUCAAGUUCAUUUAUUUAUAAGUGCAGCUCGGAAUUCUUCCUUUUGGGGGAAGAAUGCUAAUGCUUUUUCCACUAAAGUGAAGCUUUAGUGGAAAAAGUACAACUUGUAUCGCUUUAAGCCAGCGUUUCCUGAAUCUCCACCUAAAAUUGCAGCAACUAACAUUUUGGCAGCUGACAACAAAAAUCACAAAGUGGAAAUGUGACUUGUAAUUCCUAAAAUAGCAGAGAGCUCCUGUCAUGUUGAAGAUCUUUGACUGGUGUUUUACAGAAGUUUAAAAAAAGCGGUCCUGUUAUAAAAAGGAUCUUUGAAUAGUGGUUUUGAAUCAAUUCCUCUAAAAAAUAGCAGUGCACUCUUUCCAAAUAGGAUCUUUGACUGGUGUUUUUGCAGCAGUUCUUUAUAAAUAGUAGCCUGCUUCUCGCAUUUAGAGGAACUUUGGUGUUUGGCAGCAGUUCUUUAAAAACAGCAGCACGCUCCUGUCAUAUAGAGGAUCUUUGACUAGUUUUUAGCAACAGUUCUUAAAACAAACUGCUCCUGUCAUAUAAAUGAUCUUUGAUUUGUGUGUUUUUUUUGGCAGCAGUUUUAACCACAAAACAAAACUGCAGAGCGCUCAUGUCAUAUAGAGGGAAAAAAAAUUAAAAACAAUUUUGUCAUAAAGAAAUACAAUCAUAUGUGCUUACGGACUGUAUCCCUGCAGACUGUAUUGAUUUAUAUUGACAUAUAAAGUAUAUAUUGUGUUUUUUAUGUUGAUUUAUUUAAAAAAAUAUAUAUAUAUUUUUUUUUCUUUUAUUUCUUGUGCGGCCGCGGCCAAUCGGUCCACGGACCGGUACCGGGCCGUGGCCCGGUGGUUGGGGACCACUGAUUUAAAGCAUCUUAGUGUUUGGUCAGCCAUUCAUUAAACAAAACAAAAAAAAGUGAAACACUCCUGUCAUGUAAAAUAUCUUUGUCUUUCCUUUAUAGUGUACAGUAUAUUGAUGUGAUGGCAAUGCAUGAUGUUUUUGAAUGAAUUGGGAUAUUGGUGGAGGCACCAGAUUUUUAAUUUCAGGUGCAAAUGUUUUGGAAACCCUGGUUAAGGUGCUGUGAAUGUGAGGUAAAAAUGGAUAAAUGUAAAUGAAAACAUGAGUCUUGGGUGGAAUAAAAUGUCUUUAUGGUCUGUACUUUGUUGCCACGUCUGACUUCUAUAGUAGUCAUUCAUGUCCGUCAUCCCAAUUGUGUUAGCAUCCAGUUCUAUGGUUCUCAUCAAACUUGUGGGGUUAGAACACAUCUGGGCAAAACACGACCCGCGGGCCACAUGCAGCCCGUUAAGAUUUUCAAUCCGGCCCGCCCGACGUUGUACAUAAUUUUUUUUAGACCUUUAACAUAACUGUCGCCGCCAUUAUGAUGUGCUGUGCUGUUUUUAAAUUACCGUAAGUCUUGAACUAUAAAAAGUAUUUCAAUGGUCGAAAUCUGCACUUUUGGGUGUUGUACAAGUUAUUACGGUAAUCUACGUCACAGCAGCUCAGACGAGGAACAAACCAGAGUGGGCGGGGUUUGUGUUCAGAGCAGCCAGCCCGAAACGAGUGUCAGAAACAGAUGCGGAAACACAUUUUUACAUGACAAUACAUCAUAUUGUAGGUGUUUAUUACACUUUGCAUUCAUAUUUUGCUGUUCUUUUACAUUUUUGUUGUGUUUUGCUUGAUUGUAAAAGAGGAGCGAUGUUCAUGUGUCGUUAAUAUUCAGUGUUUUAUUGUUCCUAGUUAAUAUUGUAAAUUCCACUUUUUUUAUUUUCAUUUACAUUUUCGGUGUCCCAUUCAGUAGAAAACUGUAAAAUUCCAUUCCUUUUUUUUGAGGUGGUCUGUCACAACGUUUUUAGAACUCUUAUGUAGGGUUUGUACGGGUGCUUAAAAACCUUGAAAAUGAUUGGAUUUUAAUGUUGUGUUUUCAAGGUUUGAAAAUACUCGAAUUUUGGGUGAAAUGCUUGGAAAUGUUCAUCAUAUUUCUCGGCAGUCUGACUCAAUAGGCUAAUUAUAAAAUGGAAAAAAACUAAAUAAGUUUCCUUAAAAACGAAUCUAAACGCUUGAUCUGUUGGCUUUGCACGAGCCCUUACAUUAAGUUGUUGUCAUGCCAGAGUCGUAUAUAGGGCUCUGUGUCGCUCCCAAGUGGACAGUGGUGCAUCGGUCCAUCAUGCCGGGACGUUGUCGUUUUAAUGAACAUGAUGUAUUAAAGUUAAAGUACCACACACACACACUAGGUGUGGCUAAAUUAUUCUCUGCAUUUGACCCAUCACCCUUGAUCAACCCCUGGGAGGUGAGGAGAGCAGUGGGCAGCAGCGGUGGCCCCGUCCGGGAAUCAUUUUUGGUGAUUUAACCCCCAAUUCCAACCCCUUGAUGCUGAGUGCCAAGCAGGGAGGUAAUGGGUCCCAUUUUUAUAGUCUUUGGUAUGACUUGGCCAGCAUGAAUUAUGUUACAAACAAACAAGUAAACAAUAAUAAUUAAUGUUAUUUCUUGUAAGGAAUGAUGUAUACAUGUAUGAUGAUGAAACAAACUAGUAAACAACGUUUGCAAACACCAAAGACAUUGAAUAGUCUACAGAAACACUGCUUCAUUUUCUAUGCCCCAUUCAGUUAAUGAUAACUGCUGGUUAGAGAUGUCCGAUAAGAUCGGCCUGCCGAUAUUAUUGGCUGAUAAAUGCUUUAAAAUGUAAUGUUGGAAAUUAUAGGUA